GACAUUGUGGGAAUUAUUUGCAUAUAUUUACAUUGUCGGCCAUAUUUGACAGAAUACACAUUUUGUUUGAGUUAUAGACAACGAAACAAUAAAGGGGACAUACGUGAUUGUGAACAAAUCUGAUGACCUAGUGUCACAAUGGAAAAACUUUUAUUUCUUACAUUUUGUGUUUAUGGCGUCGGGACAGUAGUUUCUACCUCGGAGCCAAAUGCUUACACACCAGAGAUAAUAUCACAGUACAAAAAUAGCCGAGACAUUCCGUUGUUUAGAGGUAAAAUACGGGAAGGUGAAACUGUAGUGCGUCUUGAGCCGAGACUGGCUGCUCGUGAUAAUGAUACGGUUGGAUCUGCACGUCUGAUAUGCAGAUAUGAAAUUGUCUCAAAUCGAAAAAACAUUCCAUUUGUGAUAGAAGUGAAGAACAAGGAAACGGGAGAGGCAGAGCUUAAAGUAAAAGAGGGGAUGCUACUAAGCUAUGAAAAGAGGAAACAUUAUAAGUUCAAUAUAUUUGCCUACGAUUGUGUAGAUCCGCCAUACAACAAAAAAUCAAACAGAGCGGUUGUAACAGUGAAAGUUGAAGAUAUGGACAAGUAUGCACCAGUAUUUGAUAAAACAACAUACUUUUGUGAAAUGGAAGAAGACAAGUUGUAUGACAGUAUCAUGAAAGUGAGGGCACAUGAUGAUGAUAGGGCACCUGAGAAUCAAGGCAUAUGUGCAUAUGAUAUAUUGGAUGAGGAUGUCCCAUUUGUUAUAGACAAUGAUGGUAACUUGAAGAAUACUGAGAAGGUGAGCCAUAAAGAUCGAUACAACUUUAUACUGAAGGUUGUGGCCCGGGACUGUGCUGGUAUGGUCUCUACUCCAGUAUUUAUCAACAUUGAUGUAAAAGAAACUUGUAAGAAUGGAUGGACAGAUUUUCCAGAGCAUAUAGAAUACACACCUGGUUCUGGACGUAAACAGCUUACCAGUAAUGCCCAUCUACGUAUCUGUGACAGCAAAUGUGUUCCAGACCAUAUCAGCACAAAGUUAAGCCUAGCAACCAAACACAUUGGAAAGGGCUGCGACAGGGAUACAUACAGUAUUACUUCCCAAAGAAAACUUUGCGGAGCCAGUGAAGACAGUGUUGACCUUCUGCCACCACCAUCAUUGACCGCUAAUUGGACAAAUGCAAUUCCAACAGACGAUGGACAUGAUGGAGACAAAGUAUACAUGUUUAACGGAGUUGAUAUUGCUGUGGAGGUACCAAACAAUCAUGUGGAUCACAGAUUGCACAAACAUUUCACAAUAUCCACGUGGAUGAAGCACACAUUCCCAAAUACUGUAGUGAGCAGCCACAAGAAGGGAAACAAAGAACAUUUGCUGUGUAUGUCUGAUGGAGAUGGAAUGAAUCGUCAUCACUAUGCUAUAUAUGUUCACAACACAAAGUUGAUAUUUGUGUUACGGAGAGAAAGCGAGGAUGCAAAAGACCUAGAAGUGUUCAAACCAGCGGAAUGGCGCUGGGAUCUCGAUCAAAUAAAUGAUGGAGAGUGGCAUCACUAUGCUAUCAGCAUGGACUUCCCAAAUUUGAGUUUGUAUGUGGAUGGUCAGUUGGCAGAAACAAACAGUGAGAAUUUUGAGAUUCUAGAUGACUGGCCACUUCAUCCCACAGAUAGAGUCCACUUUACAAAGCUUGUAGUAGGAGCUUGCUGGAAAGGCCUGGAUGAGAUAUAUGUUGACCAUUUCCAAGGUUACCUUGCUGGAUUGUCAAUUUUGAAAGAUAAAACAGAAAGUGAAAGAGUUAUACAAUGUCUCAACAACUGUCAAGAAAACCUUGAUUUCACUGAACUCAAAGAUAUGCCAAGUGGAACUUCUGUGAGUUUUAACAAGGAUAUGACUGAGUUCAGCAUUACAGGACAGAAUGCAUCGGACAUACAAGUUUUAGUACAGAAAUUGGCCUAUGUGAACUACAGACCAUUUCCUACCCCAGGACGUAGAAAUCUGAAUGUUCGCACAAGUGUUCAUUGUGGACAUACAGAAGAAAUCCUGCCAUUAGUUGAGAGCUAUGUAUUUGUACAGCACUCAAACAAGCCUGUGAUAACCAUAGCAGGCAAAGACGUGAUCACAGGCACAAAAGAACAGCUUGAUGAAGGAAUUCGUAUCUUUAAAGAUUUGAGUAUCCAUGUAGAUUUCAUGUUAGCUGUAAAUGAGGUAGAUGACAGAGAUGAGACACAUGAUGAAGAUGCAGACAUCAAUGAUACAACAGAGCUCAAGAAAGCCAGGCUCCAAUACAAGCUUAGCAAAGCUACUCUCAUGCAGGAGACUAUGGUCAAGAAAGAUAACUCUGAAGAUGUUUUACUGGACAUGUGUACCAUUAGGGCAGAACCUGUUCUCAACUUCUACAAUGAGCACCUGGACCUACCAAAGGAUGAAAUUAAGAAGUUCAAAAUGAAGUUGGAGGGUAUAGAGACCCAGGCUGGGCUUGUUAUCAUGGAUGCUGAUACUAUAAAGAACUAUGAGACAGUGAUGCAGAAUAUCAGAUAUGUACACAACAAGGCAGAGGAAUUAUACAUGAGGAAGUUUGUAAUCAGUUGCUCAUCACAGAGUGGAAGGUUUGUCAGCAAUGAGCUUGAAGUGCUGAUCGCUCCAGUGAAGGAUGUUGAGGAACACGAGGCAAUUAUGCGUGCAAAUGUUGCCAUUGACAGCAGACAUAAACAAGUUCUAUCACCUAAGUUUGAACAACAGUUUGCUGGGACUGCCAGUACAAAUCUUGGAAUGGUUGCUAUAAUUGUUGUGUGUGUCGGUUUCUUGUUGUUUAUGAUUGUACUUGGUGUGUUACGUAUCCGUGCUGCCCACAAUAGACAACGUGUUCCAUCAAUGGAUGAUAGACCAGAAAUGGAAUGGGACAAUUCAGAACUAAAUAUAACAGUGAACCCGAUAGACCAAGAGUUAUUUGAGUAUGAAGAGAAUCCACAGAAAACAUCAUUACCUGAUGACAGUGAUACGGAUGAUGAUAUCAGCGAGUGUUUCCAUGAUGACGACGGAGAUUCCUCAGAUGAUGAAGAUUAUGAUGAUGGCAAAACAGCGAGAAAAACUCUAGAGUGGGAUGACUCAACACUCUCAUAUUAAAACAUUAAUAAUGAAGCUGAUGAUGUUUAAAGAUACUGUGUAAUAUGUUUAAUGAAGGUAUAAGUUACUGUGUAGUACAUUUAAUGAUGGCCAUGUAAAAAUAUUAUUUUUCUCAACAGUUCCUUUUUUUACAGUUGAUACUGUAUCCUUAUAAAUUUACUGAACUGUUGCUAAUCAUGUAAUGUCAUGUAUAAAGCUUCUAGAUUCAGCAUAUCUACAUUGUACCGUAGUGUUAACACACUUAUAUCUGUAAUGAUUGCUACCCAUUCAAAAGAAAAUUUUCAAAGUACAUGUUCACCUGAUAAUUUCCAGGCAAUUGUAAUGAAAGUCACAUUAAGCUCAAAUGCUUUUGGAAUGUAUGAUAAUGCUUCCUUGUUAAAAUAUUACAGUGUGUCUUUUUUAAAAUGGCUGUGCUUAUUACCUAUAAAGCAGAAGAAGGGUUAGUGUGUAUCAGGGAUGAAGUUAUUUGGAGUCAUUCUAUACAUGUUGUGUUGUGAAGUUUACGUAUCACGUUGUUAACAGUUGUGUGCACUCUCUCAAAUAUUAGUAUAUCCCAAUAGACCGUUUUCUUAUCAAGAAGAAAAAACUUACAGAAUUGUAUUUUGAUUUGUUUUCAAUCAUCUCAGUUUUGUAUACAUUGGUGUUGAAAAUUAAUGUUUUCCAUAAGAAAGCAUGAAGGUAAGUAUGGUCACUAAAUACCAUGAUAUGCCAGAAUGGUGGAUUAAUGAUAUUUAAGAAGGAUCAACUAGUGCAAUUAUAUAUAACAAAUAAAACAAGAGUAGUCAAGUACAAUGUAAAAGUCAUGCUGUAUGUUGAAGUAAAUAUCUUUGAUAUAAGGAAUAAUUAACACUUAAUAAUUAUAAUUGCAUGUUUACGAACAUUAAAAUUUUAGCAUUAAGGAAAGUCUUACAUUUUACUAGAUUUGAAUAUAUUUCCCUUCAUACAUGCAAUGAAAAAUGUGUGGAACAAAGCAUAAACUGGAUAAAUUUUCAUUGUGACAACUGUUGUUUACACUUACUUAUCUGUUAUACUGUCCUGAAAGUUUUCAGUGUGAAGGGAUAAUUUAUUUGUUUAUACUUGUGUUACAAAAUGUAAUAUAUACAUAUAUAUAUAUAUAUAGCUAGGCACAGAAUGCAAAUCUUGAUCAUUCAUUUCUAUUAUGUUGUUAAAUAAAGAAUGGCAAACUUUACAUUCUCUGUCUAGCAGAUGAUUUGUGUUGUCGGUGCUUUCCGUUACUUUUUAACAAGUCUUUGUGUUGUGAUCUGACUCAUUUAUUUUCAUAUACUGUUUGCAUAAUUAAUAUUCAUUAAAAAAUCAAAUUUUCAUUGAACUUUUAGUCGCAAAAUACAAGUCUGAAUUAAAAAAAAAAUAGGAAAUGCUCUUUCAUCUGAUAUAAACUUUAUUAUUGUUGAACAGCGAAAUAUUUUUGCUAAAAUAGUGUUAGAUUUAUUAGCUUGCCAAGGUGACCUGUUAUGAUCACUCUCCAUUAUUCCGAUUAAUUUAAAUACAUGGCAGCCAGAGGGCAUGGUCACCUUUCCUUAUAUGUGUAUAGUGGAAACUUGACAAUUUUCUUGUAUGAAACUGCUGGCCCGAUUUUAAAAUAAUUUCACACAAAUGGUCCUUGUAUGACCUUCUACCAACAUUGUCCAAAUCAUUUUGCUUUGUUUUAAAACAUGGUUACCAGGGGGAGUUGUCACUUUUUCCCUAUAUAUAUGUAUUGGAAAUUCUUGUCAGAAACUGCAGGCCCAAUUUUAAAACAAUUUUACUCAAAUGUUACUUGGGUAUUUGGUGUGUGAUAUCAGGGUUUGACUGUCUACUGUAAUUGUUCAAAUUACUGCCCUAGGUUCAAAAAUGGCCAUGCUCAUGUGUAUGACAUGUAUAUGAUAUAGGCUUAUAUAAAAGAAAAAUUGAAUAUCUUCUUGGAAUCCAUAAUAGCUAGAACCUUGAUGUUUAUAUAAACCUAACACUGUACUUGUACCAUUACAUGAUACAAACACACUUGUCUUGUAUACAGGUGAGCGCUUUAGGGUCAGUGACCCUCUUGCAUUCAUAUUCUAUUUCGUCAAAGACAUGGCAGUUAGAAGUAAAAACAGAAAGGUCUUCAAAAUGCCAUCUCUUACACCACUGGUUCUAUUUUGAAGUUAUUUCACAAAAGUAUACUUUUUCCUUCUACUUAAAAAAUGUAUUAAAGCCAUCAUCAUUUGACCAAAGAACAGCAUUAUUGCUGAUAUAGACGUGUGGAAAACUUUGAGAAUAUUCUCCUUUUACUCUGCAGGUCAGUUUUUUAAGUAAUUUGGCAGAACUAUUUAUGUUUAAGGUGUUAAUCUCUGGUUACCAAUAUAGGCCUAUAAUGGUCCUUUCAUUAUUUAACUGGUAACAAUUUUGAUGGCAUAACAUGUCUUUGAUUUAAGACUUUAACCUUUUUUACAGAUUUUUAACAUUUUUGAUAGUUAUUUUACAUUCCCAACUGAAUUUUAUGUAGCAAUACUAGUUAUAGACUUGAUUUGUAUAUAUUUGUUAUACGGUUUCUGUUCAAAUAUCCAAAGUAAAAUACCAUUGUUGGAGAAUUAUGAUCAUUUCAAACAUUCCAUUUUCUUACUAUUAAGAUUAUUUAGGAAGUAGAGGGGAUGUAGGGGUAUGGUGUAUAAGUUAUAUAUAUAAUAGUAUUGCAGAUAGGUCUGUAGGCUACUUUUCCUUACUUUCAGCUUUAUUGUACAUCCAUUGGGAAUCAAUAUUUCUGACAAGUUCCCUAUUUAUGUCUUUAUUUUCUCUAAAACUGCCAAGAUAAAGUUUAUACAGGAACUAUAGGAAACAGUAAGAAUGGAAUUGAUUCUAUGAUGCCAUAUUUUCCUACAACAGCUUUGAGAAGUUUUUCAUUCAUCAUCUUACCUGGUCAUGAUUGUGAUCAUUGUGUGCUGUCUGCCAUCAGUUUCUAUGUGUAUCAUCUGUAUAUAUACACCAUCAUGUAUGUUGUUUGUUUUUGUUGUUGAUAAAAAAAAAUAAUGUCUGCUUACUUAAUCUUUUUUUUCUGCUAAACAGCUUAAAUGCCUUUUCAGGAAUUUACUUUUAUUUCAUGGAUAAAAAUCAAAUAGUGCAAAACUAAAGUUAGACAGAAUAGACACACAGACACAUUGGUAUAUAGUUUACAGCAGAAAUGAUUUCACAUCACUGUGACUAACUUUGAAAACAUAUUACAGAUUGAACAUUUCAUAUUCAUUUAACUGAUUAAUAUUGAAGUAAGUAUCUGAAUAAAUAUCAAAGUAAAGAAGCAAAAGCACAUCUUAAAAAAAAACGCACAUUUUUAUUUGUUGAUAAUGAAGUCAGUGAAACAGUGAACUGAACCUUGUGAGGGAAAACAAGAUUUAAAAAAUACUUUUUUAUCUCCAUAACUCAGCAUAAUUCACCAUUUUAGAAAGUUGUACAUGUAAGUUUAAAGUUUUUCUUGCGAUUUUUUUUUUUUGAAAUUACUAAUUUGAACUAUAGCUUCUGGUUAGGGAUAGUUUUCAUUUUGCAUUUUUAUUUGUUAUUUGUAUUUUUAAGAAAAUUCUAACUUACCACAUUUUGGAUGUUUAUUAAAUAACUUAAGGGUCAGAAACGUGUAGUAAAACUUUAAGACUAAACACCAGAUAUAAGAGGAAAAAAAUUAUUGAUCAAAGUUACAAUAAGAAUUACUUGUUACAAUAUAUAGAGGAUAUUUGUUUGUUUCAGUGUAAGUUUGAAAUAUCUUUCUUGAGUAAUUUAGAUGUAACAUUUUCAUGAGGGGCAUAGCCAUGAGUGAAAAUGUAAGAUAUGGUGUUCACGAGUGAAAGACAUUUUGAUCUUACAUGUAAAACAAACAUUUCUUUUUAUUUCAUGUUUCGACUAAAUGUACCAAUUUUAUAGUUUCUUACCAGUGAAAAUUGUAUUUGAUAUUUUCACUGAAAAUACAAGAUAUAUUUCACUCUAAUAUUUCAAUUAAUCACUGAAAAACAAGGAAUAAAAAAGGGAAACAUGCUAGCAGUUACAUAAAACAGUAAUUUUGAAAGUCAUUUUGUUUACUUGCUACAACUGGAUACUUAUGAUUGUAUUAGGCUGUUUUUCUGUCAAUAAAACAUCCAGCCAGUAUCAA